GAUUACCUAUUUGAUUUCGACAAUUGUUUUUCAUGCAGCCCAAAGCUAUAAAAAAGCUCUUAAAAUACUUGCAAUUGCAAAAGAAAAAAUCAAACAUAAGUGUCAAAAGCAGAUAGACCGAUAAAUAUCAUGAAUUCACUUUUAAUGAGGUGGGUAAUGAAUGUUGGGGAAACAAGGAAUGAUGGUGGGAAGUGGUGAUGGCAGACAUGACCGGGGGAGAUCCAAGAAGAAAGCCGACGACUGAAAAAGACAAGACUCUUUGGGAAAAAGGCUACUCUAAUUCCACCAAAAGCUGGUGAAAGCAGCAGAAUGACGAGAAGAAGAAGCAAGCAAAGCAUGUAAUAAUAUGAUAAAAAAUGCACUUGGAAACCUGAUCCAACCACAUCCAAACAAAAGAAUGAAGAGCGGCAGAGACUGCCUGCCUGCCUAACCUUGGGAAUUAUAAACAACAAACAGAUAAAUGGACUUGGGAAAUUGGCGGGGAUUGGGAAAUUGCAGGGGGCCUGGCCUGACCGUGGGAAGGGCUGCAACUGCAACCUGCCUGCCAGCAGCUGCAGGCUGCGCGUGCGGGUCUUUGAAAAAGAUGUUUGUGAAGUUUACCCUCUUUCUUGUUGCCAGACCCCUCCUAUUUUAUUCACUCCAUUUCCAAGUUGCCAGCGACAUUUGAAAAAAAAUGCUCAAAGGGUUGAGCCGUAAUGCGACAAACACUAAAAGAACAUACCAAAAAAAUUGAAAUUUUACAAGUGCAAUACUAACUCUAACUCUGGAUUCGGAGAGGACUGGACCAUGACCUAUGGGCGACCCCCUGAAUCCGCCAGUUGCAACACUUGUGUAGAGAGCCAAGACUGGGAGACGUAUAUGAGUUUCGUAUUCCAAAUGAUUUCCUUUCCUCUUGUGGCCGAUAUUGAGCCGUUGGGUGGGCUUCAUGGGCUAAGCCCAAAAAAUAGGGUAAUUUCAAGAUCCGAUAUCGCGUUCUGCCACUUGAGCCCAUAAUUUCUGGAUGGCCCAAGGGAGUCCAGAGUCCACUCGAACUAUCAAGAAAUUUCUCCAUUGAUCUUCAUCUGCUUCCCCGAAGAAAAGGACAGAAGAAGAACACACCAGAACUCACUGGGAGAAGAGAACCUCCACCGCCUGUCCCAUUGUCUUCAUAUAAAUAGCUCUACCCACUUGCGCUUACCCACAAUCCAAUUCAGCAAGAAUUACCUUCAAGAGAUCAAUCCCAAUCAAGAAACCUAAUUUCUUUCAUUCCCCCCAAUUCCACAAAAAAACAGAAAAGAUGUCGCUGAUUCCAAGCUUCUUCGGGAACCGCCGCGGCGGCAGCAGCAGCGGCGCGUGGGAUCCAUUCUCGGCCCUGGACGCUUUCGAUCCCUUCAGGGACUUCUCGACGAACUUCCCCUUCUCGUCGGCUCUCAUCCCUAGCGGCGGGGAGAAUACGGCCCUCGUGAACACGAGGAUCGACUGGAAGGAGACUCCCGAGGCGCACGUGUUCAAGGCCGACCUGCCGGGGCUGAAGAAGGAGGAGGUGAAGGUGGAAGUGGAGGACGACAGGGUGCUGCAGAUCAGCGGGGAGAGGAACGUGGAGAAGGAGGACAAGGACGACACGUGGCACCGCGUGGAGAGGAGCAGCGGGAAAUUCGUGAGGAGGUUCAGGCUGCCGGAGAACGCGAAGAUGGAUGAGAUCAAGGCCGGGAUGGAGAACGGAGUGCUGACUGUGACGGUGCCCAAGGCCGAGGUCAAGAAGCCCGACGUCAAGGCCAUCGAGAUCUCUGGUUAAUUUUUGAAGUUCAAACUAUGUUGAUCAAUAAUGAGAUCUAGCUGGGAGUCUGGUCUGUGUUGUUUUGUGUGUGGAUAUAUGAUGAUCUAUGUGUUUGUGUUUAGUUUUGGGGUGUGAUGUAGUUUUCGCCUGUCUCGGUUGACAAGAGUGUGAGUGAAUGGUGCGUACUGAGGAUUGUAUGAAAUCAAGUUGAUAAACAAUAAUGAAGUGAAGACGCUAGUUUUCCAUCUUUUUUGUCCAGGUUUUCCUUUUACCUGAACUCAGAGAUCAUUAUCACCGACCGAGAGGUACCAAAACUGAUCAACAUCUCAACUUCUCAAGGCAUAAAACGCGAUAGGUCAA